AUGGAUUAUCAAAAAUAGAAAUUUUUUAACAUGAAAGUUUAAGAAGUGUCUGGAUUCAAUUGUAAACCAUAUUAAGGGCUUUUGUUUCUAGAUAAUAACAGCUUUAUUUAGUAGGGAGGACAUAAAGGUGACGAAGAUAAGAUCCAAGAACCUGAUAGUAGCUAGCUUAAAGAUAAAUAAAUUUAUUUAUCUGAGAUGGUAUUGAAUGACACAAAUUAAUGUUAAAAAUACACUGAAGAUGAUGUAUUUAGCGUAGGAGAUACACGAUUUUAUGAUUUGUAUCCUUAAAAUAAAAAAAUGUUGCCUGAAUUCACCCAUGAUAUUAUUUUUAAGAAUUGCAUUUCUAACUAUACAUAGUCAGAUGUUUUCACUAAAAAUUGUAAUACUCCUAUUAAACUAAACUAAGGAUAGUUGCCCUUAGAUUUAAUAAUAAAAGCAAAUAAAAAUAGCUAAAAUGAAAAACAAGGCAACAACUUGUCUGCAAAUGUUAUCUCUGAUAAUUAAGCGGGAACUUAAAAUUGUAUCCAAAACCCUAAUUAGCAGGAGUUUGAUCUUUAUCCAGAGAGCAAUAAUACAUAAAAAAUAUAGAAGAUUGAUAAUCUUUAAUAAAAAAUUAAUUCUACUAAAUUAAAUAUCGACAACAAUUUCUAUUAGAAAAAGCAACAAGACUCUAUCACUUUUAGCAAAUAAUAAAAAUCUGAAUUAUCCAAACUAUCCUCUUUGUCUGAGGAAUAAAACAAUUUACAUUCAACAUGUACUCCGAAUAACAAGAUAAUAAGAGAGAAUAAAUCAUAAAAUUUAAAAUUUACUGUUUCGUUGAUAUAUUUGAGUAACAUAGAAACUAAAAUGGGAUAUAAUACUACUUGGCUAUCAAAUUUGAAUUUUUCUAACAAAGACCACAUUGAUUAAUAUUUGAUUACAUAUUAUUGGUCAAUCACGUAAUUCAUGCAUUCUGGAAGCGAUUUAUUUAAACCUUAAACGAAAAUUGAAUUAGUAUAUGGAAGUGCUUUAACAAUUAUCCUUGGUUCUGUAUUAUUCUUUUCAAUUUUUACAGUAUUUCUAUGUAUAUUUGAUAGUAAGAAAGAUUAAGACAAAUAUAAAAAAAGUGUUAGGGUACUUACUAGACUUUUGUACAAAAACAAUAUUGAUGGGCAAUUAUAAUAAAGAGUUAAGCAUUACAUGUUAAGUGUAAAAUAAAAAUAGAGGAAUGAAGAUCUACAAUAAGAAUAACAAGCAAUAAAAAACUUACCAAAAAAAUUGUAAGAUGAAAUAAUAUAAGGAAUAAACUCUAAAGUAUUUUAAAAGAUGAGCUUUUAUACUCAUAUAUUUUCUUAAUCGACAAACAACGAGCUAAUUAAUAAAAUGAAAAAAGUUAUAUUCAAUCCAAAUGAGACUAUCUUUGAAGAAGGAAAGCUUGAUGACUAAUCGGUUUACUUAAUAACUGAUGGAAUAGUUGAAAUUUUUCAAGCUUUUCAUAAUACUGAACGAGUAGUAGCUAGCUUAUAGAAAAAUUCAUGCUUUGGUGAGAUUUCUUUUUUCUCAGGAAAGACUCGCUCUGCAUCCGCUAGAAGUGUAAAUUUCUCUACAGCAUAUAAAAUUACAAGGUAAGAUUUCCUUGAAGUAAUUUAGUCAAAACAAAAAGACCAUGAAAGAUAAAAGCUGAUUUAAGAGCUAAUCUUAUUUUAGAAUGACUUGAAAUGCAUUAAAGUUAAGUGCUUUGGAUGCUAGCAAAUAGGACAUACUGUAGAUAAGUGCUCAAUUCUGAAGCCUCAAUUUGAUAAGCAGUUUAUUUUUUUAAGAUAAAGAUUUGAGCAUAUAAAUUAAAGAAAACUCUUUUUUAGAAAGACCAACAAAAACUCAAGAGUUAACUGUUUAUUGAACAUAAAAGCAAACAGAGAAAUCUUAAAGAAGUUAUUGAUAGAUUUAAAUAUUCCAUAGAGUUUAUAUUCUACAGAACCAGAAGAAGAUGAAUACGAAGAUGAUGAUUAAUUUACUCAAAUUUUAUAGAAAAAAAAAAAUGAAAAUUAAAAUAAUAAUUAUAAUAACAGCAUAAUCAAUGAAAAUAUCUUGUGCGCUGAAGAAAUUUCUCCAAAAUUGUAGAAAACUAGAAGCAUAAAAUCAGUCAGUAGCAAGAAACAUGAUAUAAAUCAUACAGAUAAAGAUUAUUAGCUUCAAUAAGUCUACUUGAAAGAAUAGGAUUAAAGUAAUAUCUCUAUUCACAGUAUCCUGCAAUCUCCUAACUUCAUUGCAAACAACUAAGAUACUUAAUCGGAAAUAAUAAAGGAAUAGGUUCAUUAGGCUAAUUAAUUACCAAGAAUUAAUUCUGAUUUUACUAGAAUAACAUUUGAAGAAGAUUAGUUAAAGAGAAAAAGUAAGAAUGAAAGCUUGGAUAGAGUAAGUUAAAAAUAGUCUUUACUAUCUUCAGUAAAAGAUAUUUAUAAAUCUUUGAGUAAUGAUAGCAAUAUACCCUCACCAUUUAUCCCAAGUAUAAGUCUGAAUGGAUUAGAUAAAAUCUGGAGCUAGUUAUCGUCAUCAUAUGAUAAUGAAGAAUUAGAUAAAAAAUUCUAAUACUAUUAUGAAUAAAUAAAGGAUCCUAGUAUUAAUGUGGUGAUUAAAGAUAUGGCAAGCUUUAACAAUUUAAAAAAAAUAGAUCAGUUGAGCCUUAAAUAAAUCUACGAUAUGAAGUUAAAUUAAAUAAUUUAAUCAAUACCUUUUAUUUAAAAUUAAAAUAAUUCUGAAACUUCUAGCUACCUUGAUAACCAUCAGAUGAGCACCUCUAUAAACAAUUAUAGUUUAAUUUUCUAGCAGUUUGAUAAGAUUUGCCAUUUUACGAAAUUCUUUCCUCAUAAUAACUUUAACUAAAUUCAGAAACAGCUGUAAAAAAUACAAAUAAUCAAACUUUAAAAUAUAAAAUAAAUAAAUUCUAAUUACUAAUCAUAAAAAAUUAUGAGAAAUAUGAACAAAUAAUUACCAAGUAACAAUUAAAAAUAUUUACAUAAUUAAGAUGAAGAAAAUUAAAUUUUGUAUCAAUCCCAAGGUAUUACUUCAGUUUCAUAUGGAAUAGGAUACAGUAUAAAUCCUAAAAGAGGUAUCUAAAAUUAAUUGAUUAGUUGA